GCUGACAACUUUAAAGAUGAUCACACUGUGUCUGAUAUUUCCACUUCUUGUAGAGAUGGGUAAGUCAAUAUUUUAUAUUUCUCUGCUUAUGUGAUGUCCAAACUUGAUUUGAAGACACAAGGUAUCCCAUUAUUGUUUUACAGACACUUUGACCAUCCAAAGUUGUAUUUAAGGUAUAUAACAGCUAAUAUAUUUUUAUGUUCUCUAAUUCAUGGAGUAGCUGGGUCUGAAUCCUCAUCCAUCCGUCAGGAGAUUGGUCUCAUUUCAAGCAACGUUGGAGACACAGUGGUUUUGCGUUGCUUCAAUGCAGGCGACAUGGGAAUAAUGUUCUCCUUUUACAAGCAAACUUUUGGAAAUAUUCCUCAGCUCAUCUCAACCAUCUAUAAGUAUGACAGUAAUGCAACAUUUUACCAUGAGUUUAAGGGUAACCCUCGCUUCUCAGUGGAAGGUGGCCAAGGGAAAAAUAAUCUAAUGAUCGCAGACGUGGAACUCUCUGAUUCAGGCACAUACUACUGUGGAAGUGCUUAUGGAUACAAGGUGGAGUUUGGACAAGGAGUCAUUCUCAUCAUAAAAGAUUCAGGUUCCAGAAAUAUGCCUUUUAUACAUCAGCCUGUGUCUGAGUCAGUCCAGCCAGGAGACUCUGUGACUCUGAACUGUACAAUACACACUGAGACCUGUGCAGGAGAACACAGUGUCUAUUGGUUCAGACAUGGCUCAGGAGAAUCCCAUCCAGGAAUAAUUUACACGCAUGGAGAAAGGAGUGAUCAGUGUGAAAAGAGCCUUGAAGCUGUGUCUCCUACACAGAGCUGUGUCUACAACCUCCCCAAGAGGAACCUCAGCCUCUCUGAUUCUGGGACUUACUAUUGUGCUGUGGCCUCAUGUGGGGAGAUACUGUUUGGGAAUGGUACCAAGCUGGAUAUUGAGGCAGGCGGGAGUGUAGACCCUCUUCUCUUUGUAUACUGCCUGGCCGUAGCAUUGGCCUUUGCGUUUAUCUUGAUCAUUCUCCUUGCCUGCAUGAUUUACAAGAUGAAGAAGACAACAUGUCUGCAGUGUAGUGAACUGGUCUCUCAGACAAGAGGUCCUACAAUUUCCCGGUCAGAUGCAGGGAGCCAAGAUGCAGACAGUCUCCAUUACGUAGCUCUGCCUCUGAGCAACAAGAAGAACAGGUCUAGAAGACAGAGAGGAAACAUGGAGGAAGAGACAGUGGUCAUGUACUCUGGAAUUAGACAGUAGUAUCACGUUUCAGGUAUGACCCAGAUGCAGACAGUGUCGAAGAAACAAAAGUUUAUUUCUAAUAGAGGGGCAGUUAAACGACAGGUCAAAGGCAGACAGGGGUCAGUAAUCCAGAGAAGGUGCAACAGGUUCAGAACGGCAGGGGUCAAUGCAGUCUCAGGGUCAGGGCAGGCAGGGGUCAAUAAUCCAGUGAGGUAGGGCAAGGUAUAGAAUGGCAGGCAGGCUCAGGGUCAGGGUCAGGGCAGGCAGAAAGGUCAAAACCGGGAAGGACUAGGUAACAGGAGCAAUAAAUAGACAGGAGCAGGGGAACAAAUGCUGGUAGGUUUCAUGAACAAAACGAACUGGCAACAGAAAAACAGAGAACACAGGUAUAAAUACACAGGGGAUAAUGGGGAAGAUGGGCGACAUCUGGAGAGGGGUGGCGACAAGCACAAAUACAGGUAAAACAGAUCAGGGAUUGACAAGUAGUACUGGAUGAUUUAAAUACUUUACCCUUCAUACUAUUUAGCUCUUUAACUAGCUCUUAGCUUCAUUAGCUAAUUCUAUGAAUGGAUAUGCGGGAAAAGGUUAUGAAAUCAGUUGUUAACGCUUUUGUUAAUGUAAUAUGCAUCAUUUCAUGCAUUGCUUCUCUGUCAAACUUAUUUUACAUUUGAUUUGCAUUUGUCAAGAAAAAUAAAUAAUU